AGAUCGCAGUGGGUGCUCAUAAAUGAUCUGGAGUUGGGAAACGGGAGUGACACACCGGACGCGCCUGUCCACACUCUUAAGUGUAUAAAAGCAGUGCGCGUGAUUUCAUCUGAGUUUUGAAUGCUACAUUUCGGCGAGACCUGGGUGAAAAGGCAGCAAUGGCAUACAUACGCAAGAAACUUGUCGUGGUGGGAGACGGCGCGUGUGGGAAGACGUGUCUACUGAUUCUCUUCAGCAAAGACGAGUUUCCUGAGGUCUAUGUCCCGACUGUGUUUGAGACAUAUGUGGCGGACAUAGAAGUGGACAACAAGCAAGUCCAGCUGGCUUUGUGGGACACAGCUGGGCAGGAGGACUACGACCGGCUUCGCCCCCUCUCCUAUCCGGACACUAAUGUCAUUCUUAUGUGCUUCUCGGUGGACAGCCCGGACUCGUUGGAAAACAUCCCUGAAAAGUGGGUCCCUGAAGUCAAACACUUUUGUCCAGAUGUACCCAUUAUAUUAGUGGCCAACAAGAAAGAUCUUCGCAACGACGAGAACGUAAAGAACGAAUUGUCCAGGCUGAAGCUAGAGCCAGUGAAAACUGAGGAAGGUCGGGCCAUGGCCAUGCGCAUUGGCGCAUAUGACUAUUUGGAGUGUUCUGCCAAAACCAAGGAGGGGAUCUGGGAGGUCUUCGAAACUGCAACACGGGCAGCCUUACAAAAAAACAACACGCCAUUAGGAAGCUGUCACAGAUGCUGUGUUUUGAUGUGAGUCGACGCUGUAUGGAGAACGCAGGCAGUAUGUUUCCACCCCUGGGAUCUGUGUCUUAACAUGUACGGGCCAUGACGACGGUUUGGCUGUACCGUGACUGGAAACAAGUUGUUUUGAGCACACUCGGUAAUCAUCUGAUAUCGGUGUGUGUUUUUGUGUGUGAAAUGCAUUGGUUACAGCAUGGUCGUUAUGGGUCACAUGAUCCCAGACAGCUGGAGGGGUAAAAAGGACAAGCAGCCCAAGUUAUCCUCCUCUGAUGUGAACAUGACUCUUCCAAAGGCCUGCUUUCGAGCCAAGAUUUCGGUUGCUCACUUUUUUGGGGUUUCAAAGUGUUUGCAAAGGUCACUGCCUCACUGCUAAGGUUAAGCAAAGCAGUACAAAAUUGCACUGGUUAUUUAUGUCCACUUUUUUUUCUUUUGGUUUCUGGUCUUGUAAAAUGACGCAUCACCUGAAAUCGCACAUCACCUGAACAAUACGGUUAUGCACAUGAAGUUUGAAUAGUGAGUGAGCUAUGAGUCAGUGCAGGGAUGCCUAUGGUGUUAAGUGUAAUUUCUUUUCACAUUUUAUGGUAUUUUUGAAUAAAGAUCCAGCUUAAGUUUUCAUUAAUGGAACCAGUUUCAGGUUUGUCAGCUGGAAGCACAUCCAUGUAUUAAAUGCCUGAUAGUUUUUAUACAAGAGGCUAAGUAGUAUGACACUACACAUUGGCAAGUCUUGAAAAGGGCUAACGACAUUGUCUGGAGUAAAUUUUAAGUUUUCAGGCAGAUGUUUUGUGAUGGUUACGUAUAGAGAUACCAGAAACAUUUUGUUCUAAGUGUUAUGCUUGCUUUUGACUACAGUGAAUUCUAUUGGGAGGAUAUUCAUGAGAAAGAUGUGUUUUGAUUGUAGAUUGUCAAACAAUAAUUUUUGGGAAAAAAUUACACAGAUGCAUUGUAACCUGUUAAAAGUGCAACCAGCAAAGGAGGGGCAAUGCCUCUUCACAGCUCACCUGAACACACAGUAUCUGAACUCUUGAGGUCCAGGUCGAGCUCUCUCUGAGGCUGGCAUACCUCACUUGUCUUUAUUAAGGUUCUGCUUCAUUUACAGUCAUGUGAAUGAUAUUUCAAAGAGAAAAUUGAGCAUGUGAGAUGGUUAAGCAUGUGAGUUCUUUGCUCAGCGACACAUUUUUUUUUUGUUUCGUUUUUGGAAAGUGUCUUGAAAAGAAGAGCGGGGGUUUGUCAGAGCUCCCGUGAGCCAGUAAAACACAUCACACACAGAUUAAGUCAUCUGAUGGCCAUUAAAAAUUUCAAAGGAAUUAUUGAAAUCACAAUCUAAGAAUUAUUUCACAAACUUAACGGGUAUCAUUUUGACUAAAACACUGCAGAAAACUUAAUGGAAAGUACAGAUUUUUUUUUCUACAGCUGCAAAAGUCACAUUUACAGCAGUCAAACUGAACUGUUGAGAUACACAAAAAGAAUACACUUAAUGUCUUCCAUUAUGACUGAGAAUGUACAUCGUAUUUAUUUGGUCAAAAAUACUGUUGGGAUUUUGAAAUUGGCAGCAGAAAAGCAAUGUAUUUGAGCUUAUUUUUCAUACUUGUGUAAUAAAUUCAGCUCAUGUUUGAUCUGUCUCCACAGAAGUGUUUUUGUUACUGUCCUCUUACACAAUGGUGACAGAGCUCGUUCAAAUGACAGCUAUGAACAUCAGUUACAGAGACUAUUGCUACACUGGGGCUCCUGGGUAAAACCCCAGUGGAUUCAUGGUGCAAGUUAUUGUUUCCUGGAGACGAAAAAGCUCUGUUUUACUUUAAACAUGUAAUUUUUCUGUGUUUAAGUAAGUAACCAUAGUAAAGAUUAAUCAGAGUUUAAAGAGUGUCUUUUAUAAACCCAACCAGAGUUACAAUGGUGUAAAAGUCACAUUCCUCCCUGCCUUCUGUUGCUGGGCUUUUUGCUGACUUACUGGACAGGAAUGCAUUGUGCUGGACUAGUUAAUUUUCCCACACCGGGCCCCCCUCAUGUGCCUCUUAUUUCCAGUGUUGUUAGGUUAUUACUCACCGUUCAGACAGUGCAGUUUUCUUCUUUUUCUUUAUUUAUAGGAAACAAAUAACAUAAUGGAGAAGAAAAAUGCUUAAAAUGUGGCAAACAUAUUUGUUUGUAAGAUUUUAUCAAAUUCUGAUCAUGUUAAUGUACUGACAUAAUUUCUAGGCUUGAAUGGUAGAUUGGGAACAAUGGAAAUUUUGUGAGGAAAAACAAUUCAGAAUGUAAGGGAACAAGUGGCACUGUUUGGGAAAGUCAAUAAAAGAAUCAAUGUGUGUCACCACCUCUACUUUUCCAUCCUUUUGCCUCAUUUUCUCACAUUAGAGACAAACACCCAAUGUGGUAUUGCAGUUAUCAUUAGUUUCAGUUUGAUAGCAAACAUGUAUUUAAUGACAAUUAUAUGAACAUUGUUGCUAUAUUUUGUAAGUUACAUCAUCUGUUGUAUUUGUUUUUCCUCUACAAUUUGAGUCUGAUGAUAAGUGAUGGAAAGUACAUUUAUUUAGCUAUAGUUUUAAGGCACGUUUACUUAUACUUUUACUUUCCAUUUUAUAUUUUAUACAUAAUAUUGUACUUUUUAUUACACUAAACUUAUCUAACAGCUUGUUAGUACUUUUUAAGAGUUCUUUUACUUUACAUUUAGCCAGUAAUACUUUAGUAAUGUUAUUACACUAUUUAGAAGUUCUGGUAGUGGAUUAUGUUUAUAUAUUACUAUAAAUCAGGGAUAUGAAUACACCUUCCACUGCUGUUUAUGAUUACGCAUAUGCAAUAGCUAUUAUUGGAAAUAUGUAUUCAUGUAUUCAAAAGGGUGAAUACAUUUUGUGAAGCUUUGUACUAUUGUUAACUGUCAAAGUGACUAUAUACUUAUCCUCAUUGUUUUAUGAUAAAAGAGCUUAUGUGAAAGCUAUUUGUGUCCAGCUAAAUUAGGAUACAAAUGACUCAUGGGCCUACGGCAGCAGUUUUAUUUUAUUUUAAAAUUAAACCAAAUUGUGACGAGUCAGUAUGCAAUUUUUUAAUGAGCAGUUAUGUUUUUGUGAGUUUGAGGGAGGCAAAACUGACUUAAACCAAGGUUUAAGUUCAGGAACACACCAAUUUAUACACCACAAUACCACCUUUGCAGCAUAAUUAAUUUGAAGAAAAUCUGACUAUUGUGUAAAAAUCUAUCAGCUUUGUUUACAAUCUUGUUAUUGUAAGCCUGCAAAGUAUUUAUGUUAAAGAACAAGAAAUGCACAAAGAUGUAUGCAAUACAAAUGGUCUUUAUUGAAGGUCACAUAUUGUUUUGUUUAAAUAAUACAAGACACAAAGUGAGCACAGUAGGAUCAAAACAAACGGGAGUCUGCUGUGAGAUAAAAAAGGAUGAACAAUUUGAAAAACAGAGA